AUGGCUGCGCAUGCUCGCAGCACAGCUCUCCGCCACCUCUUGCUCCUGACGACGCUGAUCAUCAUGGCCAUGGCCGGCACCACGUCGGCGCAGCUGUCGACGGGCUUCUACUCCACCUCGUGCCCGGGCCUGUACAGCGCCGUGAAGCCGGUGGUCCGGUCCGCCAUCGCCAACGAGAAGCGCGUGGGCGCCUCCAUCGUGCGCACACCAUAG